UGUUCGCAGUGUGUCGGGGCCUGGUGAUGGAGGACGUGCUGGAUGCGGAGAGUCCGCGGGUUGCAAAGACCGGGCGCCGUGCCCGACUGCCCCAGGAUGCCGUGGGCACUGAGGACCCUUCCAGCAAACCGGCACGGCGGCAGGGUGGCUGGGCGGACAACACCCCUCGCCUCUCCAAAUCUGGUCGCAAAGUGUCAGAAGAACUGGAGGACACGCGGCUCAGGCCCCGCAGCCCCGAGGACUCUGACGAUGAUGGAGAUAUCCCCGUCAUUCCUGACCUGGAGGAGGUGGAGGAGGAGGACCUGGCCAUGCAGGUGGCAGCCCCCCCCAGUGUGCAGGUGAACCGGGUGUUGACGUACCGGGACCUGGACAAUGAUCUGAUGAAGUACGGGGCCUUCCACACCCUGGACGGGGACAUCGACCUGAAGCUGCUGAGCCGGGUGCUGUCAGCGGAACAAGAGGUACGAGAGGAGGACGUGUGCUGGGCGUGGGACCAGCUCUUCACUGAAGUUUCCUCGGAGUUGCUGACUGAGUCGGAGGAGCGCACUGGGCAGGACGAGGACGAGCCCAAACUGGUGCCAGCGCAGGGGUGAUGGGAGAUAGUCCUGCCCCCCCCCCCCCCACCCUCC